AUGACGUUAAACACAAGCGACGUCAGCAUGAACCCAUGAUACGUGUUACAGAUGAAGAAAAGUGCCAUAAGUUUCACAGAUUAACCAUAUUUAAGCUUUAAUUUGACCAAACAGUAAUUUAUUUCUUAUUAGCACAAUGGAGUUACUCGAGAUAGUAUCGCCAAAUGUUGCUUUUCCUGUUGUAGGCGUUCUUUUAUGUGCUUUUCUGGUGUUUGCUUUUGGGUUCAAGUCACCAGCUCAGCCACCAAGCUUUAGUUACCUGGAAGAUGACAGCAAGAAAAAGAAAUCAAAGAAGCAUAAGCAAACUAAAAGUCAGACCAAUGGUCAUGCUGUAACUGAACCAGAGUCCCAACCAAUCAAGACUGAAUCUUCUCCAAAGCAAAAGAAACAGACCACACCAAAGCCAGUCAAACCAACCAAACAAGAACCUAUUAAAAAGAAGAAAGCUUUGAAGGAGCCUGGGGAAGAAAAGCCAAAUAUUAAGAAUGAACCUGUUCAUGAUGAUACAGAUGGAUGGACAACCUUGGUGAAAGGAGGAAAAAAAAAAGGAAAGAAAACAGAAACUGUUGAGGAAAAGGUGACUGCAGACAAGAUUGUUGUUGAGAAGGUUAAAGAAGUAACUGCUGCUGUUGUAUCUGAUGAACCCCCACAAGAGCAAAGGAACAAAAAGAAACAGAAGAAAAAGGCAGGAAAGGAAGCAGAUGAUGUUGAUGUUAAAGUAGAGUCCAGCAAACCUCCAGUUGAACCAGUCAAAGUUCCUGAACCAAAACAGGAUGAAGGCAAAUUUGAAGAAGCAUCUAGCAAGAAAACAAAAUCCAAAAAGAAAGCUGAAAAUAAAGUAACUGAUAGUCAGAAGGAAGAAGUGAAAGUUGAAGCUAAGAAAACUGAAGGUAAAGCUAAAAAUGAACCUAAAGUUCAGACAGAAGCAAAAGCCAAAACUGAACCUAAGGUUCAAACAGAUACCAAACCAAAAAAACCAGUAGAGACUAAAACAGAAGCCAAACAAGAUGUGAAACCUAAGGAUGUAAAGCAAGAUGCUAACCCAAAGGAAACCAAGAAAGAAGUUAAACCUAAGGAGGCCAAACAAGAUGUUAAGUCAAAGGAAGCCAAGCAAGAUGUUAAACCUAAAGAGGUCAAACAAGAUGUUAAGUCAAAGGAAGCCAAGCAAGAUGUUAAACCUAAAGAGGUCAAACAAGAAGCCAAACCAAAAGAGGCCAAGCAAGAUGUUAAACCAAAAGAGGCCAAGCAAGAAGCUAAACCAAAAGAAACAAAGACAGAUAAACAAAAAGAAGGAAAGAAACAAGAAGCUGUCAAACCUAAAGAAGACAAAAGUGAAGCAAAGACAAAGAAACAGAAGAAUGAAUCUAAACCAGAGGAAGUUAAACCAAAGGAAAAGACUACUGAACCAAAGAAAGGAAAAAAGGCUGCUGAGAAAAGUGAAGCAAAAGCGGAGACCAAACCAAUUACACCUGACCAACCUGCAAAAGGUACUAAUGAUUUUGUACUCAUACAUCCCCAAGAUGUGGAACCAGUGAAGUCCUCUCCAGUGGACAGUGAUAAAAAUUCAUCAGAAAAUACUGGAUCUGACAUGUCUGUCUCUUUUGAUGAACUUGGAGAUUCCUGGGUAGAAGCUAAACCAAAGAGUAAAAAGAAGAAAGCAAGACGUGAGAAUUAAGUAGAAACCAUUCCUGUGAUACAGGUGUAAAGUGCUACAGAGCCAAGGCCAGUCAUAAGAUAGAGAACCCCUCAAGUCUGAUAUUAAGUUGGACUUAUUUUGUUUUGUUAUACAUGUAACAAAAACAAAGCUAAAAUAUUUAAAUGGCCUAGGUUUCCAAUGUCAGAAAUUUGUUUAUGUUUACGUUAUUUUCUGUUAGCUUUUUUUGACAUUUUUACAUCCUAUUGAUUGACAUUUUUACGUUUUUGUGAGGACCAUUUUUUCCAAGCUUCUUUUUCUUUGAAUCCAUAGAUAUGUUUUUUCGUUACUUAAAGUAUGAGUACUCAGUUUUGUUUCGAGGGGACAUACUAGUAGUUUUAUUGGUAGUGCUUGUCAGAUAAACUAUGGUAUUAUAGAAGUAUUACAUUUUAGUUGAUGAAUUUGCAAAACAUUUGAUUCUACGCACACUAAAAAAUACCAAAGAAUCCAUGACACAUUUUUAUAUUUUUUAUUGAGUUAAAUAAUUUUCAAAACAGACAUGAUGUUUUAGAAUCAAUGAAAUGAGAAGAAUUUUCAGGGACCUUUUUAGUUUUACUUUAUGGUCAGGUAUAUGUUGUUUCUCAUAGUUAAAAAUUUAGAAGUCGUCUGUAAUGCUCCAUCUCCUUUGGAUGAAAAUGAAUGAUUGAAGUAACAAGUUCAUUUCUAGAAUUACCUCUAAAAAAUUCAGAUGUUAUUUCACAAUUACAGUAUUGGCAAAUGUCAAGUCCUCUGACACCGACCAGAUAGCAAAGUUCCUGCCAGCAAGUUUAAUACAAUAUAUUUAUAUCUAGUCUAAUGUAGUUGGAAAAGUUAUAGGUGAUUGUGUUGUUCAAACAGGAGCAAUUUUGUUGAAGAUUGUGGAUUGAAUUUGAAAAUAAUACCUAAUAUUUUAAUUCAUGUGUAGUGUUUUCUUCCUUCAGAAAGAAAAAUACAAAAUUCUAAUUGCAAAAUUCAAGUUGAAUUUUAAAUUAGAUAUAAAUGCAAUGAAAAAUAGUCAAAAAUAUAGAUCAACAUUAAAGAAAAAUUAUUAUAAAGAAAUGAAUCAUACAUUAUUCAUAUACCUUUUUUUUUUAUUAUACUUCUUUUUACCAUUAUGAAAUACUUGGUGCAGGGAUCAAUGUAUGCCAUGUCAGGUUAGCCUGUUUUUAAAAUUGGUUGAGUGGCAGUAAUUUUAAAAUGAAUAAGGGUAGGCUUAUUACUGGUGCUAUGUAAACAUCUAGUCUGUAAUUACAGCAAUAUUUGUAUCUCAUAUCAUAACAGAUGUUUCAUAACACUGACAAAACUUUUAACACAUAUCUUAAAUUUAGGUCAAAUACUUUCAAUGACAAUGCAUAUAAAGGUUCACAAUUAUUAUUCAUACUGAUAUUUUGAGUUGGAUGGUAGAACAAUUAACUCUGUGUAGCAGUGCUUCAAGCAAUUUGACCACCAGAUUCUGGUUUAAUACCACCAUUUAAUUUCUUACAUUUUCAUUUCUAUAAAUACACCAUUAAAUUAUAUGAAAGACAAAGAAAGAUCUUGUAAAAUUUAUUGUUAUAAUAGAUUAAGAACUCCAUUAUAAGUUUCAGAAGUUCAUUGGAAGGUGUAGAAAUGAUCAAGUUUUGUGUCAUGAAAGAUUACUGAUAUCUGUCUGAUUGCGUCCAUUUAUAUAAUUCCUGGAAACAAGUUUUUUCAAAGGACUUGAGCAAAUGUACAAGGAGCUGCUGGACAGUUCAUAAUGAAAUAGAUUUUAAAAAAGGACACAAAUAUUAUUAAUAAUGAUUUUUAAAGAUGUAUAAUGUAUAUAGAAUUAGUAAAGGGAAAUAAAAUUGAAGAGUAAUAAUUGCACCAGAAAUUGUUUUAGUAUAAUUUCCUAAUAUCAGGAACUCUUGAGUUUGCUUUAGUUUACACAGAAACUUUUCCCAGGAGAAUUAUGACUCCGUCCUUCGGAAGUGUGGUUGUGAUGGAUGAUCGAUAUCUUAUUCUUGUGUGUUAAAGACUGGCAUUAUCCAGGUAACUGUGAUUACAAAGAGAUUGUGUCCCUUGAAAAUUCCUUGAAAAUUUUAAGUUCCUUGCUGAACUUAAGAAAGGUAGGAUUCUUUCCUGAUGUUUGUCAGAUUUAGUGAGGUGAGAAACAUGGAUUGUUUAUAUUAUAAGUAUGUCUGAAAUUUCAGAUUAAUACUAUUUCAACAUAAGUUUUUUACAUCAAAUUUGGGCUUUAUAUAAAAGAAAAUAAGCUACUGAUAAUAAGGGCACAAUUUUAUUUGGUAGUUUCCUUAAAUCUAAUUUCUUAUAGUUGUUGAAUUUUUUGCUAUCUCCUGGUUGAAUUUUGUUAUGUAUGCUUCAAUGAGGUGUUGGGGAAACAGAACAUAUUUGCAAGUUAUGUCGUAGUUAAAAAAAUAAUUUCCAGUGAUAAUCAAGGGAACUUAGUGACAUUGCAUAGACAAAUCAGAUUACAGUUGAAUCUUAGUUCAGAUUUUAAAACUGACUGGUUGAAGAAAAUUCUUCUGUUGCUCCUGUAAUAUGAUGCAUUGAUAAAGGAAAUUAUGAUUACUGAAUCAAUUAACUACAAUUUUCAAAAUGUUUUAUUGAUAAAAAAUAACUUGCUCUGUAAGAGUUAAACUCUGAAACUUUUCAGGAGUAAUUGAAGAUCUGUUUUUUUAUUGAAAGGGACACUAGUAGAAGCUUCAAAUUUAAUCUAUUAAUUUUCACUGAUCAAUCAUAUGUAGUUUACCAAUAUACUUUAGUUAUAAUUGAUAAUAAGGAGAGAAAAGUAGAAGGUUUUAUUUAAUAAUUAAUUGUAUGUUAUAAGCGAGUUUAGCAUCAUGUGCUUGAUGUUCAUAAUUGAGAGGGGGUGAAUGUGUUGGUAUAGGGUAUAAAUGAAUGAACGGUAGAAUGUGGACCAAAUUAUUUUUGUAUAUAUAAUUACUAAUAUAUUAUGUAUAUGUAUGUCAAAUUAUAUCAAACAUGUCAGAUCUUCCAUACUUAUUGUUAUUUUUAUUUCUCUAUAAAAAUUGUUAUAUUUUUUUGAUUUUUAAUAUGACCAUACAUGUGCAUGAAGUUGAUAUGAUGUCCAGCAUUUCUGUUGUCUUAUUCAGACCUCAUAGUGCAGCUUGUAUUGUCAGAUGAAAGGUGCAUACCAGUAUAUAUUGCUUUCACAUUUGUAAAUUUUAUUAAAGAGGAAAUUGUUAUUUAUAUUAAUUUAUAUACAAGAAUGUGCAAAAAGUCAAUUACAUAUUGAAACAAAUAGUUACUAAACAUCAGGAAAUUUUAAGCAUUUUAGCUUUAUAUGUUAAGGUUCAGAUUCACAGAUUUAAAAAUACAAAUGUUUAGCAAGUGCUUUUUAUGUACAAUUACUUUUGGUAUUAAUCUGGUAUGUUUUUGAAAUGAAUUAACUUUACUAAAACACUGAAAAAUUAACGUAAAUAUAGCAAUGAUCGUCAAAGAGGAAGUGGGUGAACUAGAAGUAUCCAUCUGUUCACAAUGAUAAUAGGAUUAUGUCUUAGACAUACCAUAACCAGUGAACAUCUACUGAAAAAAUCUAUCAAAUUACAGAAUAUUUAUUUUUGUUUGUAUGUCAGAUUUGUUUGAGGGUGCUUAUGAUUAUAAAUAUCUUUUCGGGAGAUUUAUCUUCUGGAACAGGUGAAAGUGUUGAUGCAGAGUUUGACAAUAACCUAAUUGAAUGAUUAGCUGGAAAAACUUAGGAAGCAUAAUGUUAAAUAACAUCAAUAUUUAAAACUAAAAUAGUGUAAUACAGACAGGAGGGUCGUAAUGGGGGUAUCUUCAUGACGAAUAACGGUAAAAUAUCUUGCAAAAUGACGUUAACAGUAAUUUUUGGUGCAUGACAAUAAAAUGUACAUUUUCUUUUUGAUGAUAAAAGAAUCGACUGAUUUUGACGAAUCUUGUUAAAUUCUUUCCAAAAAUAACGGUUACGGUUAAUUAUUUGUGACCUCUGACGAAUCACGAUAAGGAUACUUUGAUAAAAAAACGAUAAAAUUUUAACCAAUUUGACUCUAACGGUAGCCGAAAAUUACCGUUAGACGCCUGGCGGUAAAGGGCAUUCCUAUCCUCAGACACUCAUCAUAAAACUCUGUGAUUGUUGUCAAACUCUGUAUAAACUUAUUUUAAGAAGUAAUGGUGCAUAGUCCUUCAUUGUUGUUGUCUUCCAAUAAUAUCAUGUUUAUAUCAGUCAUUACAAACACUACAUUCCAUAUCACAAAUAUUCCAGCUUUGAGUGUAGGAAUUUGCUUGGUAAUGGAAAAAUGCUUUUAUUUCAUCUGCUGUCAUGACUGUUUAGCAUUGUAUGUAUGUAACCUAUUAUAUGAAAUGUGACCAGAGCAGCCAAAAAUUAUUUCAUAUUUAUGAGAUCAGGGUUUAAAAUAAUUUAAUAUUUAAAUCCCAGGAUUCUUUAUUGUAAUGGAAGGACUUGUCAUGUUUUCAAAUCAGAUUCAAAUUAUCUUCUUGUGCAUAUAUUUGAAAUAUGUUUGAUUCUACUAUGAAUAGAAAGGUCAAACUUGUAUACACUGUAUUUACACAACUAUUUUCUGAUGAAUUGAACACCUGAAAGAAUCAAGACCAGGAUCAAGACCAGGAUUAAAAAAAUGGUUGAACCCCUGAAAAUAGACUUUUCCAUUAGUGUACAUUAAAGUGAAAACAGAAAACAGCUGCCAAAAUAUGAAUUUAUUUUAUUUUUUCAAGAUUUCGUCUUGCAAGUCUUAUUUGAAAUAUUUUGAUUACAUUUGCAUGGACUAUUAUUUUUAGGCAUUAAUUCUCAAUGUAGUUUAAUUUGUUUCUAACGUCAAGUAUAGGGCUCCUUUGUUUUGUGUUUAUUCCUCUUGCCAAUUAUUCUGUUGAUAUUACAUACAAAUUUUCAGUAAGCUCAUAAAAUAUAUGUUUUACACAAAAAUUAAUGCAAGUUCCUUUAAUCUCAAUCUCAGUCAUACAUACACCUAUAAAAUAUUCAGUGCAUUACCUUGUUACUUAUGAAUUUAUAUCACAUCUUUACUUUUUAAGAUUGCAUACUAUUUAUUGACAUGUUUUGAGAGGUUAAUUAGUAUUUACAACACACAUUAUAACCACAUUAACUUACUUUGUCAUUGUAGGAAGCCUCUGUCUCUUACAUUUCUAAUGUUUAAGUAAUCAUAUACAAUGAAGAUAAAAUUUGAAUAAGUUCUACAAAAGCAUGAACUGUUUGUCAGGAAAUUUGCACUUCAGUCUCAGUGAUGUCUUCAAUCAGACUGAAAUUCAGCUUCUAACCUUGUCUUCAAUGUCAGUUUUAAAUGCAGUGCUCGGCAAAACUUCCUAACAAAUUGAAGAGCAAACUUUUGGUGAAUGUAAAUUCAGAAAUUAUUGCAUGUAUUUAUGCGAGAUAAAAUAUUGCAGUUGCAGGAAAAGCUGCAUACAGAAAUAUGUCUUGGAUUAUUAUUCGCAUUUAUAAAAACCUUGCAUUGAUUUCUGAAUUUACAGUAUUGUGAAAAAGAUCUAAUGCACCAGAUUUUUUAGUAUAUGAAAUGUAAUGUCUCUAGCAACUUUAUAAGUUUUGCAGGGUUUGUCUGAAGUUUUGUGUGCAAAAAAAUCAUGAAGCAGUAAAGUAAAUUUUGUAUGUUUUAAUAUGAAAGAACUUAAAUAUUUAAAUUUUAAAGAGGAUAUUUAACUGCAGAUAUUAUUUUGUUGCAAAAAAUUUAUAUUUUUUGUUUUGUUUAGGAUUUUAUAAAUGACUAGUGAAAGCUUCAUUGUUAAGUGAUAGAAGAAAAAGGUAAUAUAUGAAAGAUUUUAAAGUAAUCAUGUAACUAUGGAAACAGGGUGUUUCAAGGGGAGAUAAUUCUAAGUCAGAAAGUGCAAUGUUAAUCAUGAUAUUUCUUGUUAUUGUUAGUCAUUGUACUGAGAAAUGAAAUAAAAACUAAUGUUUUA